UGCUGCUGCAUCCUAAAUAUAGCAGGGCCAACGGGAGGCUGGGUGGGACGUCACUAUAUAAGCCCGGGAUGAGCCAGACGUGUUCCUUACACAGACAUACAGGCACCUGCCAGGAACCGUAGAGCCCUAUUCUGCAUCCUUCUGUUUGUUUCUGCCGCCAAGUCCACACGAUUGACUUCAAUGAACCUGAAAUCGUCUUCUGCCUUCCGAUCGGAGCACAGUUUUAAGCAGACAUCCUCUUCGUCAUCCACCGGCCAGCCUCGGGAACAGUACAUGGACAAGACUUUGGGCAUCUUCAGCGAUGACUUUGGCAAGUUCCGAAGACCCCUUGGCUUCUCAGGCAAGUUGGACUUGUACAUAAAUAACCAACAGGUAUUCCCAGAUUGGAAUCUUGAUUCAGUGUAAUGUCUGCUUCACAGAGAUCUGAGAUUUAUUUUAACCCAAAAUCCAGAGUUCAGAAAACGCUGAUUUCUCCAACGCGGCCCAUAAAUAACAGCUGGAGAGUCUUAGAUAAACAUCUAUUCAAACAUUAACCGGUUCAUUAUGAUAAUGGACAAAAACCUGCGUCCUCUGGUUCUCCACACAAUGCCUUGGGUAAAACUAUUCCAGACUCUGGCAUUUAUCACUCUCACUGCGUCGACAUCGGGUGGCGGGGGAAGGGGAAUAGGAACUUUGCAAAAAUAUGAGGGUAGAUUUAUAGCAGCAUUUCUAAUUGAAAAGCGUGUUCUAAAAGUGGUGUGAUCACCAUGGAAACCACCGUGGAAUGCGCCGGACCCUUUCAAUGUUUCUUAACAUUUUACGACACUUUUCUGUUUGUGACAUAGACCGUAUUCCCCACCCCCAGAGCUUUAUGGGGAGAUUUAUCAAGGCUAAACACGUGCAACUUUGGGUGCAAAGUGCUAUAUGAUAUGUUACAAAUCUAUUGGUUUCUAUGGCGAUUGCUCAUCAUUUAGCUCUCCCCAGAACAGUACCUGGCUUUGACUUAAUAAAUCUCGCCAUUAACAUCUACUUUUCCUACUGGACUAGUUUGUUCUAAAGGUUGCAUGUUGAUUGUGAACUUGAAAAUAAAGUGUCCCUUUGUAAUUCAGAUACCGUAAUCUGUAUCCUUCAUUCCCCUCAUAAUUUUAUUGCAAUCCCAGUCAAUCCGAGUGAAGUUGCACAAUAGAAUCAUUAAUCUGCUUCUUGUAGUCACAACUCACCCUGCUCGAUCAGAGGUGGGUAUUGUCAGUACUGAUGUUGCAUUGACUGGAAAAGCAUGAUGGAGUCCAGGUUAAGGUUGGUUUAACCCUAUCUCUCACCACAAACAUAAAGUGAGUUUCUACAUGCACAACUAAUAACAUGUGUUUGUAAAAGUUUAAUAAUGCCAAGUAUUUCAUAGGAAGCCCCAGUACAGGUCAGGUUAGUUGUGUUUGUACUUCGCUGUGGAGUAUGUUGGUAUUAGAGCGCUGGGAUGCUAACUGAUGAAGUUUAGUGUCAAACUGUGUGUGACCAUAAAGGGUUAACUGUGUUAACAUGUUUAAUGGCCAGGUUCCAUAUAAUGCUUUAUGUUUUUAUAACUGUUUGAUAAUUUGCAAUGUUUUUGGAAUGCUCUGUUUGUGGGACAAUACGAAUGGAAGUUAUAAAAAGAUUUAGUAUUCAAGGAAGAAAAAACUUCAGUGAGGUUGGCAUCCAGGGGCUGCUAACAGUGCUUGGCACCCUGGGUAGCUGCCUCAUUUAUUGAUAUAAUAUGAUAUGAUAGACAUAGAUUAGCCAGGCACAAACACCACUAGGACAGCAAACUCUGCUGGGCUGUCAGUUUCUUCACUGUAACCACACUGGCACUGCAUGAUGGCACUGUAUCUCUGGCACACUGUAUGAUGGCACUGUAUCUCUGGCACACUGCAGAAUGGCAUGGUAUUACUGGCACACUCUAGGAUGGCACUGUAUCUCUGGAACAUUGCAUGAUAGCUCUGUAUCUUGGUCACACGGCAGGAUAACACUGUAUCACUGGCACACUGCAGGAUAACACUAUCUCUGUCUCACUGCAGGAUAACACUAUAUCACUGGCACACUGCAGGAUAGCACUGUAUUACUGGCACACUGCAGGAUAACACUGUAUCACUGGCACACUGCAGGAUUACACUGUAUCUCUGGCUCACUGCAGGAUAGCACUAUAUCACUGGCACACUGCAGGAUAACACUGUAUCACUGGCACACUGCAGGAUUACACUGUAUCUCUGGCUCACUGCAGGAUAACACUGUAUCACUGGUACACUGCAGGAUAGCACUGUAUCACUGGCACACUGCAGGAUAACACUGUAUCUGGCGCACUGUAUCACUGGCUCACUGCAGGAUAGCACUAUAUCACUGGGACACUGCAGGGUAGCACUGUAUCUAGCACACCACAGGAUAGCACUAUAUUACUGGCAUACUGCAGGAUGGCACUGCAUCACUGGCACACUGCAGGGUAACACUGUAUCUGGCACACUGUAUCACUGGCUCACUGCAGGAUAGCACUAUAUCACUGGGACACUGCAGGGUAGCACUGUAUCUAGCACACCACAGGAUAGCACUAUAUCACUGGGACACUGCAGGGUAGCACUGUAUCUAGCACACAACAGGAUAGCACUAUAUUACUGGCAUACUGCAGGAUGGCACUGCAUCACUGGCACACUGCAGGAUAGCACUGCAUCACUGGCACACUGCAGGGUAGUGUUGUCGUCGUUAGAGAGUUCCUACAGGAUGAUACGGAUCACAAUAUAAGCCAGGCAUGCUAUAUUAUUCCUUUAAGUGUAGGCUGCACAUGGAGUAAAUCCAAUGAUGCCUUUUCUCUACUCACAGCUGGUUCUGGGGUGUCUGAGAACGUGAAGACUAUGGGGAACACCUACCAGUUUGCUGUGGAUGUGAGAGAUUUCUCCCCAGAGGAUAUUAUUGUCACCACUUCAAACAACCAGAUUGAGGUUCAUGCAGAGAAGGUGAGAAGGUAUAUGGUUACAAUCAUGGGAAGGUCAACUUGGUCAUUGGGGUCACAAAGUGUCCCAUGUUAUUCUACACCGUGUUUCUAGCAAAAUAAUGUUCCACCUGUACUUUCACUAACCACCCACCCGUACUUCCACUAAACACCCACCUGUACUUCCACUAACCACCCACCCGUACUUCCACUAAACACCCACCUGUACUUCCACUAACCACCCACCCGUACUUCCACUAACCACCCACCUGUACUUUCACUAACCACCCAACUGUACUUCCACUAACCACCCACCCGUACUUCCACUAACCACCCACCCGUACUUCCACUAAACACCCACCUGUACUUCCGCUAACCACCCACCCGUACUUCCACUAACCACCCACCUGUACUUCCACUAACCACCCACCCGUACUUCCACUAACCACCCACCUGUACUUUCACUAACCACCCAACUGUACUUCCACUAACCACCCACCCGUACUUCCACUAACCACCCACCCGUACUUCCACUAAACACCCACCUGUACUUCCACUAACCACCCACCCGUACUUCCACUAACCACCCAUCUGUACUUUCACUAACCACCCACCUGUGCUUACAUUAAACACCCACCUGUGCUCCCAUAUUAUAUUUUAUAUUACAGUGUAUUAUAGAAACAUAGAAACAUAGAAUGUGACGGCAGAUAAGAACCAUUCGGCCCAUCUAGUCUGCCCAAUUUUCUAAAUACUUUCAUUAGUCCCUAGCCUUAUCUUAUAGUUAGGAUAGCCUUAUGCCUAUCCCACGCAUGCUUAAACUUCUUUACUGUGUUAACCUCUACCGCUUCAGCUGGAAGGCUAUUCCAUGCAUCCACUACCCUCUCAGUAAAGUUAUACUUCCUGAUAUUAUUUUACUGUGUUCAUUCCGUUAAUAUAUUUAAAUGUUUAUAUAUAGGAUGUACACAGUAUAUUAUAUAUUAUAUUAUAUUAUAGUUUAUAUAGGAUGAACACAGUAUAAUAUAUAUAGUAUGAUAUAUAUUGUAUAAUAUAUAUAGGAUGAACACAUGAUGUAUUGUUUUUAAUAAUUGUAUUUCUUUAUUUUAUCUUUAUAAUCUCACAUCACAAUGCAUUUACACUCUAUAUUGAAACAUCGAAACAAUUACAUGUCAAGCAGAGACAACAUUGAUAAGACAAUUUUGCGAUGUGAGAGGUUUUUGCAAUUAUAGUAUUAAACGUAGAAGCUUUCUUAAAACAUAAGAAAUGACAGCAGUGAUACAGCAUUAAUGCAAGAAUAUGAAAGCCACUAAACUCCGGUAAUGGAAUAGCCGAAAUAUAGCGCAAGACUGAGUAACAAUAAAAAUUAAACAAACACAACUGAAGAAAAACAAACAAAGUGCCACAUGGUAGGUAGUUUCUGUUCACGUUUGCUCUGAGGUCCAAAUCACCCAAUUCCCAAUGUUAGGAUACUGCUUACCCACACAGGGCAAAUUUCUGCCUACCCAGUCUUAGGGGCGCACUCCUGAAGAACUGUAGCUGGAGAUAAUAUGCUUGAACGGUCCCAGGCCUCAAUACAAGCCAUCAUCCAUUGAUCUGUCCACUUUCUGGGUAAAUCUGCUUUAUCAGUGUGACUAUCUGCACUAGACCUACCGGGAUGUGAGUGGUGCAGGAGAAAUUGACUAUUCAAGGCUCACGUUUUAGGUAAGCAUAUCCUGAAAUUGGCCACCUGCCAUGUGUCCAGGUGGAGGCCCAUUCAGUAGGGUGGUCGAGGAUCGUAGGAAGGGAACAUUGCACUAGCGGAAUCAGUUUCAUUUAUUGUUAAAUUGGAUAGAAGAAAUUAGAUUUCUAGCAUUUGUGCAAUUGGUGCUCGGACUUCCCAAACCAGACUCUCUUCCUUCUGGCUGUAGAUAAAUGUACAAAAGUGAUGUAGGGAAGCAGCGCCGUCAGUUAUGUCCUUAAACCCAAUUGAGUAAAAGGUGAUAUGAAAUGAUAAGAAGACGAUAAAACGAGAUCUAGUGCAGUAGUUUCAUUGCUGAUAUUAGAAGAAAAGAAAUAAAUACACAUACAAUAUUCUGGACCUUAAAAUUAGCUCCAGAUAUAUUCGCUUGGACGUUAUGAUCCCCGUCUAUGGAUAUGCUGCAUAUUUAUAGACAGGGAUAAUACUGCACAAGUGAAUACAUCAUUUUAAGCUCCAGAAAAUUGGAAGUGUAUUUCUUUCUUUUUAAUUUAAUAUCACCAGCAAUGAAAAUACUGCACUAGAUUUUGUUUUAUUGUCAUUCCAUAUCACCCUUUACUCCACUGGAUUUGAGGACAUUUAUUGUUAAAUUACUAGUUAAUGGUCUCUACCCACGCAGAUUGCCAUCGUUAGUGUAGUUAGCUUUAUAGAGCGAUGCUCCUCCUCCAUCUCUUCUCUCCGUGUAGCGAACUCGCCUGCAGUGGAGACUGGGAUAACCAGGCCCGGACUGGCCAUUGGGUACACCGGGCAAAUGCAUGGUGGGCCGCGGUGGCCAUUGGCCGAGGCCGGCAGGGGAGGUCAUAGGAUCUCCCCUGCCGGUCUAUGCAGGGCAGGCACUAUCUGAGCGCCAGCCCCGCUGUUUUCCAUGACGGGCCGGUGGGGAGAUCAAAGAUCUCCCUCACCGGCCCUCAUGCGGCUGGGGAGGGAGGGAGAGGAGGACCCGGCGGAGCUCUAUCUUGCAGCUCCGCCAGGUACCUCUCGGGAGAUUGGGAGCAUUGCCAUGGCAACACCCCCGACCUCGCGAGAGUGAACUCUAGCCUGCUAGAGCUCUUCAGCAGAGCUCUGCGCAUGGUCUGCCCUGGAAGAGCAUUGAACCAACAUUCUCACUUUGAGAGGGGGCGUGUUUGUCAUUAGUGAUGACAAAACACACCCUCUCUGCCCCGCCCCCUUCUUAGUGGGCUGCUGUGAUAAAAAAAUGCCCGGGCUGAAUUUUUUUCCCAGUCCGGCCCUGGGGGUAACCCCCACAAAUGAGGGGUGGAAUGGGGGACAGGACUUCUGGAUCUGCAAGUCUUUUCAGAAGUGGGAAAUGGCUGGCAUCCCCCACCAUGACAGGUCAGUAGGCCUCAAUUUGAAGGAGCCUGGAAAACGCUGAAAAACCUAAACUGGUUCGGUCCAUCAUUGGAUUACAAUGUCUGCUGGUUUUAAUCGAUUGAUAAAUAAAGCCAAAUUGCCAAGUAUGAAGCUCCUAGAAAAAGGGACACUAGGACAGAAAAGAGGGACAGACGGAUUUAAGCUCAAAAUAGGGACUGUCUUUACUAAGUAGGGACACUUGGAAGGUAUGUAGCAAAUAUGGGAGGGUGGCAGCGCUCAGAUGUACUUGAUAAAAGGGUUUUCAUGCCAGGAAGGUGUGUUAUGCAGAUCUGUACAAUAAUGGUGACAUUAUUCAGUUACUGUUGGAAUCUAUAAAGUAUACAUACAGUAUAAACACAUUGUGUCACUGUGUUACAUAUGUAAUGUAGAAAGCAUGCCUAUAGCAUUCCAUAGUGUCUGCUACAUACAAGCUGUCUCCAAACCGAGCGUGUUUACAUACUGACAUUCUUCUGCUACCUUUUAAACAAUUUCAAUUUUUUUUUGUAAGAUUUCCAGUUUAAGUUCAUCAUUUAUAAUUUCCCCGAACAUUUUAAAGUGUUGACGCAUUAAACAGGGUUAAAGAAUAGCGUUGCUGUGAUUACUGCUGAUUUAAUUAUAGAUAUUUAACAUUACAAAGGUCAAAGGAAACAUACUUUCAAGAAAUUUAAUAUCCUGACCUGUUGUGAAAACAUCUCCUGAUUGCAAAUUGCCAAGGCUGAUGGUAUUUAUGAAGAUUUUAUGAUUUGUGUAGAAAACAUUCUAUUCUUUUUAUCAUUAACCAAUGAGUAGAGAGAGUGGAAUGAUUUAUAUAUAUAUAUAUUUACCAAUGGGUUUUAGAGAUAUAACCUACACGUUCUAACAGGAUUAUUCACUGAGAAGUGUUGCGAAUUGAAGGAACACAAUAGAAACAGGAAUAAAAACGUAUUCCUGAGACUAUAGUUCUCCAUUGUACAGCGCUACGGAAUUUGAUGGCGCUAUAUAAAUAAUAAAAUAAUAAUAAUAAUAAUAAAAUACCUAUUUAGUCCCCUGGCCCACCCUUACCUUCUGUAAAAAGGAGGUUUACUUACUUUUAUUUAAGCACAGCUCAGGUCUCCUCGUGGUUAGCUCCACACUCCAGCCCCUUGGCUGAGAUCCUCAAAAUUGACAAUCUCAGCCAAUCCUAUCCUUUUCUAUAGGAAAGCAUUGGGAGGCUAAUGCGCAUGCGUGGAAAAAUGCUGAGCUGCGCCAAUCAGUAUCUCCUCAUAGAGAUGCAUUGAAUCAGUGCAUCGCUAUGGGGAGUGUUUAGUGUCUCCAUGCAGAGCGUGGAGAUGCUGAACGUCAAUGCUGCACACUGUAGAGCACUCACACAGGAAGGCUCUCUAGUGGCCGUCUGAGUGACUGUCCCUAGAGGUGUUACUAGAAAGCAAUGUAAACACGGCCGUUUCUCUAAAAAGGUAGUGUUUACAUUAAAAAGCCUGCAGGCACAGGUUAUAGACACCAGAACCACCACAUUAAGCUGCAGUUGUUCUGGUGACUAUAGUGCCUCUUUAAAAUGUAAGUUAUAUUGAAAUAUAGUUUGACUUUGCAAAAUAAUCUCACUUUAGAGAACAACCCAGCUAAAAACAAAAAUGCAAGUGUGAUAAAUAGCAGAGAAACCGUUGUGUCUUUUUACUAUUUGGAUACCCAUAGCAUAAGAGGAGAUGAGAGUUCAUUCUUCUAGCCAUUAAAACUCAAAAAAUUGUGUCUGUUUAGUAUUUGUAUUCUCAGAGUUCCAAAUACCUGUUGUUUUCUACAUGACUGACAAACUGUCUCAAUAUGCUCGCAGCUAGCCCCUGAUGGGACAAUCAUGAACACCUUCACGCACAAAUGUCAGCUCCCGGAAGAUGUGGAUCCUACCACGGUGAACUCUGCCCUGGGAGAAGAUGGCAUGCUCACUGUCAAGGCUCAGAGGAACUCUUCCAAGCACACGGACCACCUGAAAGAAACCUUCCGGACUGAGAUUAAAAUCUAAAUGCGUGCCACGGAAUCUUCUGCCACGUAAAGAACUGUUUGACGGUUUGAUGGUUUCACAAAAAUGUUCCCUAAAGAUUAUUGCAAAGUUUGCAUCCACCCUCGUGUUCUUCACAUUUAUGGGCACCCCCGAAAAUAAUUGAUCAUAGCGUGGACACCCUUGAGACGUGGUGGUCAUAGUAGGUGUGUAUCUCACAGAAAAGAGAUUUGCUUUUCAGACCAUCACAAAUAGUGUGUGUGUGUGUUGUGGUGAAUGGUAAUGAAUAAUAUCACAUCGCCGCAAUUAGCAAUUUAGUGUGGACAUUCCAUAUAAUUCAGAAAGGUGGGCAUGGGAAUCGAGCAAACUGAUUUAUAGUCUGUGUAAAAGGAAAGAAUAUUAUUAGGAUACGAUUCUAUUACAUGGUAUUGAAAAAUGAUUUCUUCCAUGAUUUAUUAUUAAUUGUUGCACCUAAUCUGAAAUAAAAUAUGUCAGAAAUAAUACAUUUUGAAAAAAAGCAAACAUAAAACAAAUCAGAUUGGAUAAAAGAUUUUGAAAUCUAAAUCUAAAUUUUAAUAAUAAUUAGAUAUGCUAACAAAUAAAUGCUGGUUUCUGUAAAUAAAGAAUUGUACAAAAAGUGGUUUCUGUGAACUUGUUUUAAAUAACCAGUGUCAAAUAAGUGCGAUCUACUCUGUGUAAAUCGCGGAAGCGACCUCUAGUGGCUGUCAGAUUAACCCUGAAAUGUAAACAUAGGGAAAUCUCUGAAACUGCUAUGUUUACAGCUGCAGGGCUAAAACCUGGGCGGCCUGGCACCCAGACCAUUUCAUUGAGCUGAAGUGGUCUGGGCGCCUAUAAUGGUCCUUUAACAUCACUUCCAAAUCCCGUCCUCCUACCAACAUUAACGAAUAAAAGUGACAUUUCUACUGAUACAAUGUAAAGUUAUUUGUGUGUAAUGGCCCCAUUAGAAUCCAUUAGACCCAGUGGGGUAACUUCACAGGAGGCCAUUCUAGACAGUCUGCGUUAUUGGGUGCUUCUUAUGGUUUUUCUUGGAUUGAGUUUGACAAAGGUCCCAUUAAUCCCAGUAAUGUGUUUUGAAGGGAUUGUUUCCAUGUAACGUUCCUACCCCCUGGCAGGUCAGUUGGUGAUGAAAAUGAAGGAGAUUAAGAAGGGAAGUUGGUGGAGACUAAGUAUCAGUGGGUCAGUGAGGAGGUGUCUCAUGGCAGAGGGGCUCAUGGCAGAGGGGCUCUGGUACCUGAUUGUUACACAAUAUAUAAAAGCUGAGAGAUGAAGAGGCUGUAUGUGAGCACAAGAGGAAAAUGGAGGCUGGUAGAUGAGUGGAACUGAGGGGGAGGCUGUGAGAGACAGAGGAAGGCAGGUGAGUAUGAGCAUCUGUCAGUGUGAGGGAGGGAGGCUGUGAGUGCGAGUACCAGUCAGUGUGAGGGAGGGAGGCUGUGAGUGCGAGUACCAGUCAGUGUGAGGGAGGGAGGCUGUGAGUAUCUGUUAGUUUGAGGUGAGGAGGCUGUGAGUGUGAGUAUCUGUCAGUGUUAGGGAAGGAGGCUGUGAGUAUCUGUCAGUGUGAGGGAGGGAGGCUGUGAGUAUCUGUCAGUGUGAGGGAAGGAGGCUGUGAGUAUCUGUCAGUGUGAGGGAGGGAGGCUGUGACUGCGAGUACCAGUCAGUGUGAGGGAGGGAGGCUGUAUCUGUUAGUUUGAGGUGAGGAGGCUGUGAGUGUGAGUAUCUGUCAGUGUGAGGGAAGGAGGCUGUGAGUAUCUGUCAGUGUGAGGGAAGGAGGCUGUGAGUAUCUGUCAGUGUGAGGGAAGGAGGCUGUGAGUAUCUGUCAGUGUGAGGGAGGGAGGCUGUGAGUGCGAGUACCAGUCAGUGUGAGGGAGGGAGGCUGUGAGUAUCUGUUAGUUUGAGGUGAGGAGGCUGUGAGUGUGAGUAUCUGUCAGUGUGAGGGAAGGAGGCUGUGAGUAUCUGUCAGUGUGAGGGAAGGAGGCUGUGAGUAUCUGUCAGUGUGAGGGAAGGAGGCCGUGAGUAUCUGUCAGUGUGAGGGAGGGAGGCUGUGAGUGCGAGUACCAGUCAGUGUGAGGGAGGGAGGCUGUGAGUAUCUGUUAGUUUGAGGUGAGGAGGCUGUGAGUGUGAGUAUCUGUCAGUGUGAGGGAAGGAGGCUGUGAGUAUCUGUCAGUGUGAGGGAGGGAGGCUGUGAGUAUCUGUCAGUGUGAGGGAGGGAGGCUGUGAGUGUGAGCAUCUGUCACUGUAAGGUGAGGAGGCUGUGAGUGUGAGUACCAGUCAGUGUGAAGGAGGGAGGCUGUGAUUAUCUGUCAGUGUGAGGGAAGGAGGCUGUGAGUAUCUGUCAGUGUGAGGGAGGGAGGCUGUGAAUGUGAGUAUCUGUCAGUGUGAGGGAGGCUGUGAGUGUGAGUAUCUGUCAGUGUAAGGUGAGGAGGCUGUGAGUGUGAGUAUCGGUCAGUGUGAUUGAAGGAGGCUGUGAGUGUGAGUUUCUGUUGGUUAGUUAUUCUGAGUGAGAACUUGGGUGAGUGUACUGUGAGUGUAAGUGUCUGUCAGUUGGAGGGAAGGAGGCUGUGAGUGUGAGUUUCUGUUGGUUAGUUAUUCUGAGUGAGAACUUGGGUGAGUGUACUGUGAGUGUAAGUGUCUGUCAUUUGGAGGGAAGGAGGCUGUGAGUGUGAGUUUCUGUUGGUUAGUUAUUCAUAGUGAGUGUACUGUGAGUGGGAGUGUCUAGAUAUUGAGACGAACGAGCUAUUUCCAGUAUUGUAAUUACGAUGUGAGUCUCCAGUUUCCCCUGGGAAAUGGCUCUUCUAUAACUUCUAUUGUCAAUAAAUUAUAUCUUUGCUUUUGUGUCAUGUUAAACAAUUUGUAUUCUCUCUCUGUCUGUGUGUUAUUUGUCUCUACAUGGUUAUUACAAGGUUAUUACAAGGUUAUUACAAGGUCAUUCGUUCAUCAUAAACUAAUAAAUUGUCAGUCUGGAUCAGGAAGGACUCUACUUUCGUUUAAUUAACAUGUCCAUUAUUAGUACAUCCUAUUCCUAAUGGCAGUGGUCAAAGUGAUCAAUUUAAUGAGUAAACUGCAACAAGCUCUUAAAAUAAUGUUAAUUAAUAUUUACAUCAUUUUAUUUCAAUAAACUUCACUGAAAUUGAGUGUGA